CUCAAAUAGAAAUCGCUUGGGUUUCUAUUUCCCCUAGUUUAUUCCAGAAUAUUCGAAGUCGAGAUAAUUAUUUCGACUCCGAAUUAUCUUCGUCGAUAUCCUCGUUGAAGGAAUCAUCAAGCAAUUAUUGACAUGUGUGGAUCAACGAUAAAGGUCUCUCCUCCUUCUUCUCGUACCGACUACAUACCACGGUGACGGGCUUGUCACAUUCUGUCGCGUCUUCGAUCCAUUGGCGCGAACAUCUAGACCUUUUUCGUUCUUCCUCCGUUCUCCUUCUCAACCAUUUUUCCUUUGAGGAUCCUUUCGUAUCUUCUCAGGAUCCAUUACAACAUAUCUAAUAGGAUAAUAUGUCCUACUCAUACGCUACACCCGGCCAUCCCGGCGCCGCUUACUACGGCUUCUCGACCAGCACUACUCCAUCGCCUGCUGGUUCACCAUCUGCAUCCCCAGGAUAUUCUUCACGAAACCCAUUCCGAACCCACUCUCGCCACGCAAGUUAUGCAGAUACCUCUACAUACAGACCAUCUGCUACUGAGGCGAAGCCGUUCUCCCCUAGAUUUACUUCAAACGGAUAUUACGCCACUGGUGCUGGUCCAAAUGUGAGUCGAAACAAAAGUUCUUGGUCAUCACCGUCGCCGUGUCAUGAGGCGAAGCGUCCGUAUUCUUACUCCCAUCGAACCCCUCAUGGGGCUGCCGAGGACGACGAAUAUUAUGAAUAUCUAGAGGAAGUGGACGGGACAAUAUAUUUGUGCAGAGUGCCUCGUCGACCGGCGGCGCACACAACUUACAAAUAUGGUAGUCAUGGUACUGAUAAAUAUUACAACCAGAGCCCCAAGUAUGCUGAAGACCCUGAGUCAUCGCCGUAUAGACAUCGUCGACAAGCUUCAGCUGCAUCUACACCCCAACGACCAGCGACCACUCGACCAGGUGCGACCCGACCCACAGCCACACCCUCAAGGAGUAAACCUCAACCGCCCCCAGAAAAAGCAACCGAAGAUGAUGCGCGCCGGCAUCACAUUCCGGCCGGAUACUCUUUGAAGAAUUGGGACCCUACCGAAGAACCUAUCAUGCUUCUCGGUAGUGUUUUCGAUGCGAACAGUCUUGGUAAAUGGAUUUACGAUUGGACUGUCUAUCAUCAUGGUCCCGCCACCCCACUAUCUGACAUGGCCGGUGAGCUAUGGCUCUUACUCAUUCAACUAGCCGGCAAAGUCAAGCGCGCGGAGGAAUGCAUGCCACGCAUCCGACAGCAAGACAACCGCGAGAUGGUUGAAGAUUUCAUUGAAUCUGGAGAACGCUUGACGGAUAAAUUGAAGAAGUUGCUCAAGGCAUGCGAAGCACCCAUGUUGAAGGCUGGUCGAAGCGGAGCCAAGUCCACAACAACACAACUCGGCAAGAAUGCCGGUACUGAAUUCGUCGAUUCAAUCUUUGGACGCGAUAGACAACUUGAACAAACCGAGAAGUUCAUGGCAUCAGUUAGAUUAUGGAAUAUGCGAUUUGAUGCCAACUGUGAAGAAAUUCUCCGCAAGCCAGGUCAACAUGCUUAAAGACAACAUCAACACACCAAAAAUAAUAAUAUUAUGGAUCUAUACACAACGGAUUAGAGUGAGGGAAUUUGUUUAAUUCUUCCAUCAUCUCGAUUUCUUACGAACCAUACGAUACCCAUGAGACCAAUAUAAAUGUGUUCUCAUUUGCUAUAAGGGGGCGGUCAUUGUAAGAUAAAAAAAGGAUGGUUUUUACAAAGGGAGGCGCAAGCCAAAACUUUCCGGUUCAGUCAGGCAUUGGGCAGGUUUUUUUUUAAAAAGAAAAAAAGAUUACAUUUGCAUGGUGGACAUGGCAUGUUUAUUACGGCGGAUUGGGAAAAAGUUUGUGCAUUUUCCAUCAGCAUUGGAGAUUGUUAAUUAAAGGAUUGCUAGCCAGCUGGAUGGAUGGAUGGUCUUGUUCGUUUUUCACUUCUCAAGAAUUUUUAUGGUUGUUCAAGAGAUGCGGCGGGAUUUUUACGCAUUUACGGGAAAGGGAUGGAAUAGGGAAGGGUUUCAAUUCACAUUUGUAAUAGUAGUUUUUAGUCGUUCAAUGGGGGAAGGCAUGGUUUGCUCGCUGGCUUUGGCGUUUGCCCAUGACAUGGCACGGGGAUGAUCUCGAGAAGAUUGAAUCAUCUGGAUAUACCCUUCAUACACACUUGUUGGUGUUUUUAGCUUUUGUCAUUCAUUGGCUGCUUCGAAUAGUUUCACUUACAAUUCCAGGAAAGAAUUUUCUCUUCUUUAUUUUUUGAGGUGGCAUCUUGAAUUUGAAUUUAAUGAGUGUUUUUGUGAUUGUAUGAUUAGUUUCUGG